AUGGACAAAAAUGAGGCAGCGGCACAACACAUUAAAGAAGCAUUGAAAGAAGGACCUUCCCUCCUUCAAUGCAAACAAAUAGGGUUAUCAGAUACAAGAGAAGUUAUACAUAUUAAAGGAAUGGAGCUGAAUGCUACUAAGGAAGAAGUAAAGCAAGCAAUUACGACACACGUCGGGAAGUGGGACGAAAACAACACAAUCAGUGAACUAAGGCCUCUCUCAAAUAACACAAAGGCUGCAACGGUGGCAAUCAAUAAGACAGAUGGUGAAAUGCUCCUUAAAGAGAGGCAUAUUCGUAUCGGAAUAGUGAGGUGUAGGAUAGAGAAGAAACUAACGAUACCCAGGUGUUAUAAAUGCUGGUCAUACGAUCACGAUGCCAGACUCUGCAACGGACCUGAUAGAACGAGAACAUGUUUUAAAUGUGGAAAAGAACAACACGCAGCCAGGGAGUGCAAUAAUGAAGAAUAUUGUCCAUUAUGUGAUACUGACGAUCAUAGGACCGGCACAAACAAGUGUGAAGCAUUUAAAAAAGCACUAGGUAGGGCAAGACGUAUAGAGAGGCAAGUAAGCCGACAAACGUCUCAAAUGAGCGAAAAUAAUAAUGAACUGGACAACAAUAAGGAAAGACAGGAGGAUAACAAUAUGGAAACUACCGAAGAGGCUCAUAAGAAAACCAUGGAGGAAACAGAAAUUGAACAACACAUUGCAGCAUUUUGGGUGUCACGCAGGUUGUGCAUCUCUCCAAAGAUGACUAAUGCUUUCGAAGAAGUUAGUAUUAUGGUAGCAGUGGUGACUUGUAGUUAA